AAUCAGAUCAUGGUGAAAUUAAUAAGGAUUCAUACUCUGAUAAAGAAUCAGAGAGUACAAGUAAUGAAGACACCGAAUCUAAGGAUCCUAAUAAAUCUCUUACAAUAGCUAUAAAAAACCUUAUUGAUCAACUUCUAAAGUGUUGUAAAUGUGAAAAAAAUUGUA